CGCAUCGCAGGUCUCGAUUUUGUUUCAAAAAUGUCUGUCCACUCGCCCAAUCCUGGCCUGAUCCUGCAGAGCAAGCGCUUCAAUGGGCUGCGGAACAUCCUGGAGCGCGAGGGCCCCUUCUGCAAGGACGACUUCUCGGCCUCGCCGGACAACCUGGAGUUCCUGCAGACCAAGUGCCAGGUUCUGAUCAUCGGGGCCGGUGGCCUGGGCUGCGAGCUGCUCAAGGAUCUGGCUCUGAUGGGCUUCGGCAACCUGCACGUCAUCGACAUGGACACCAUCGAGCUGUCCAACCUGAAUCGCCAGUUCCUCUUUCGGCGCACCGACAUCGGCGCCUCGAAGGCGGAGUGCGCGGCGCGCUUCAUCAACGGCCGAGUGCCCACCUGCCGGGUGACGCCGCACUUCAAGAAGAUCCAGGACUUCGACGAGUCCUUCUACCAGCAGUUCCACCUGAUCGUCUGCGGCCUGGACUCGAUUGUGGCCCGGCGCUGGAUCAACGGCAUGCUGCUCUCCAUGCUGCGCUACGAGGAGGACGGCAGCAUAGACACCUCCUCCAUAGUGCCCAUGAUUGAUGGCGGCACCGAGGGCUUCAAGGGCAACGCCCGCGUCAUUCUGCCCGGCUUCUCGGCCUGCAUUGAGUGCACCCUGGACUUGUUCCCGCCGCAGGUCAACUAUCCCCUCUGCACCAUUGCAAAUACGCCCAGGCUGCCGGAGCACUGCAUUGAGUACGUGAAGAUCAUUCAGUGGGAGAAACAGAAUCCUUUCGGCGUGCCCCUGGAUGGCGACGACCCGCAGCACAUUGGCUGGGUCUACGAACGGGCUCUGGAGCGGGCCAACGAGUUCAACAUCACCGGAGUCACCUAUCGACUGGUCCAGGGCGUGGUCAAGCACAUAAUCCCCGCCGUGGCCAGUACGAAUGCCGCCAUAGCCGCCGCCUGCGCCCUGGAGAUCUUCAAGUUGGCCACCAGCUGCUACGACAGCAUGGCCAACUAUCUGAACUUCAACGAUCUCGAUGGAAUCUACACGUACACCUACGAGGCCGAGAAGUCGGAGAGCUGCCUGGCCUGCAGCAACACGCCGCAGUCGCUGCCCAUCGAGGAUCCCAACACCACCACGCUGGAGGAUGUAAUAAAGCUGCUGUGCGACUCGCCGCGCUUCCAGUUGAAGAACCCCGCUCUGACCACUGUGAUGAAGGACGGCAAGCGGCGGACUCUGUACAUGUCCACGGUGAAGAGCAUCGAGGAGGCCACGCGCAAGAAUCUGACGCAGUCGCUGGGCGAACUGGGCCUGCAGGAUGGCCAGCAGCUGACAGUUACCGACGUGACCUCGCCAACCGCCAUGACCCUGCAGCUGAAGUACCAGUCCAAUGAGGUGGAGAUGGUCUGAGUUGUAUCACAGUAGAUAACAAUUUUAAUCCUCACUAUACAAAUAUGUAAAUAAAACAAGUUACGCAUUCA